UUCGACAUCCUUAACUUUAUCUUGUAAAUUAGCGUCCGAAAUUAAAUGGGAACAUUUGCAAUGGAGUUCGUCAGCCGCUUCCACCACUGAACGCGGUAAACUAAUUAAUAGGAACUGGACUUCAAACAAUUUAGACACGGCGUCUAAAAGAGUAAAAACUACAUUGUCUAAAGUGUGAGAGGAGACGGUGUAUUUUUAGUUAAAUUACACAAUGUUCGCCGUCAAAGUCAUUCAUAUAAACUGCCUGUAAUGUGCAGCAAAUAGUAGUUAGCCGGCGCCAGCUCUUCAGUGACCUUAACGGGUCCGUACCUCUAGUACAGAUGCUACAGGUACGGGUCCGUUCCUCUAGUACAGAUGCUACAGGUAUGGGUCCGUUCCUCUAGUACAGAUGAUACGGGUACGGGUCCGUACCUGUAGCAUCAACCUUCAUCGUCUGGUUCUUCUUCUGUGUUUUCAUCGUCUGGUUCUUCUGUGUUUUCAUCAUCUGGUUCUUCUUCUGUGUUUCCAUCGUCUGGUUCUUCUUCUUCUGUGUUUUGAUCGUCUGGUUCUUCUUCUGUGUUUUGAUCGUCUGGUUCUUCUUCUGUGUUUUGAUCGUCUGGUUCUUCUUCUGUGUUUUGAUCGUCUGGUUCUUCUUCUGUGGUUCCAUCGUCUGGUUCUUCUUCUGUGGUUCCAUCGUCUGGUUCUUCUUCUGUGGUUCCAUCGUCUGGUUCUUCUUCUGUGGUCUGAUCGUCUGGUUCUUCUUCUGUGGUUUCAUCGUCUGGUUGUUCUUCUGUGGUUUCAUCGUCUGGUUCUUCUUCUGUGGUUUCAUCGUCUGGUUCUUCUUCUGUGGUUUCAUCGUCUGGUUCUUCUUCUGUGUUUUGAUCGUCUGGUUCUUCUUCUGUGGUUCCAUCGUCUGGUUCUUCUUCUGUGGUUCCAUCGUCUGGUUCUUCUUCUGUGGUUCCAUCGUCUGGUUCUUCUUCUGUGGUUUCAUCGUCUGGUUCUUCUUCUGUGGUUCCAUCGUCUGGUUGUUCUUCUGUGGUUUCAUCGUCUGGUUCUUCUUCUGUGGUCUGAUCGUCUGGUUCUUCUUCUGUGGUUUCAUCGUCUGGUUGUUCUUCUGUGGUUUCAUCGUCUGGUUGUUCUUCUGUGGUUUCAUCGUCUGGUUCUUCUUCUGUGGUUUCAUCGUCUGGUUCUUCUUCUGUGGUUCCAUCAUUUGGUUCUUCUGUGGUUCCAUCGUCUUGUUCUGCAGAUCUACGAGGCCAUCGAUAACCACGACGGUUCGUUUUGCGCUGAGCUCCUGUCCUUCAAACAUCCCCACGUGGCCAACCCCCGCCUGCAGCUGGCGAGUCCAGAGGAGAAAUGUCAGCAGGUUCUGGAACCGCCGUACGAUGAGAUGGUGGCAGCUCACCUCAGGUGUACCUACGCUGUGGCCAAUCACGACUUCGUUGAGGCCUACAAGUUCCAGACGCUCGUGGUUCAGUCCUUCCUCAGAGCCUUCCAGUCCCACAAAGAGGAGAACUGGGCGCUGCCGGUGAUGUUCUCCGUCACUCUGGAUCUGAGGAUCUUUGCCAACAACGCUGAGCAGCAGCUGCAGAAGAAAGCGAAAGGUCAGCCAGGAGAGAUGCUGGAGAAAGCAGCAGAACAACUGAUGAGCUGCUUCAGGGUGUGUGCCAGUGACAAUCGUGCAGGAAUUGAGGACUCAAAGAAAUGGGGCAUGAUGUUUCUGAGCAACCAGCUGUUCAAGAUUUACUUCAAGAUCAAUAAGCUCCAUCUGUGUAAGCCUCUGAUCAGAGCCAUCGACAGCUCCAACCUGAAGAAUGACUACAGCCCUGCUCAGAAGGUCACCUACAAAUACUACGUGGGCCGCAAGGCCAUGUUCGACAGCGACUUCAAACCAGCUGAAGAGUUCCUGUCCUUUGCCUUCCAUCACUGCCAUCGGUCGAGUCAGAAGAACAAGAGGAUGAUCCUGAUCUACCUGCUGCCAGUCAAGAUGCUGCUGGGCCACAUGCCGACCCAUCAGCUCCUCAGGAAGUACGACCUCAUGCAGUUUGCUGACGUCACCACGGCUGUGAGUGAAGGAAACCUGCUGCUGCUGAACGAAGCUCUGAACAAACAUGAGACCUUCUUCAUCCGCUGCGGCAUCUUCCUGAUCCUGGAGAAGCUGAAGAUCAUCACCUACAGGAACCUGUUCAAGAAAGUGUAUCUCCUGCUGAGGACCCACCAGCUGCCUCUGGAUGCCUUCCUGGUGUCUCUGAAGAUGAUGCAGGUGGAGGACGUGGACAUCGAUGAGGUUCAGUGCAUCCUGGCCAACCUGAUCUACAUGGGCCACAUUAAAGGCUACAUCUCCCAGCAGCACCAGAAGCUGGUGGUCAGCAAACAGAACCCGUUCCCUCCUCUGUCCUCGGUCUCCUGAACCCUGUUACCCACAAUCCUCUGGACUGUUGCACACCUCAGCCCUCCUUUUCUACUCUUUUAUUUUGUACUGUUGAAUAAAUCUCUGCUGGUUUGUAGAA